GCCUCCACUCGCACGUGCAAACUAAGCAGUCUCACGUGCGAAAGAGUCAAUAAUCCAAUAAUCCACUCACACACACACACAAACAAACCACUCUUCCGCACAGUAGUAGACAAGUCGCCCCACACAACACUCCCCUUGAUCCUAAUUUUACCACCAUAUUUUUUUCUCAUUCAUUCUUAACUCGGCAGCCAAAUACCAAUUCAAAGCCGGAAAAACAGAAAGAGCUCGUCUCAUAACAACAAAAGGAAGGGCGUGACCUGAGAUCUCAAUUUCACUCUCUCUCAUACACACUCACAGCAGUCACUAUGUGGCGGAGACUCCUCUCUUCCAAUCUCAAAACCCUAGCCGCCGCCACCGCCGCCGCCCCCACCCGAUCCACCUCCAUACACACCGGAUCCCUCAUUUCCCCUUCCGCCUCCGCUUCUCUCUUCAACCUCCGCCAUUUCACCGCUGAUUCCACUGAUGGUGCGGUGAAGAAGAGAGUUGAAGAUGUAAUGCCCAUUGCCACUGGACACGAGCGUGAGGAGCUUGAAGCCGAGCUUCAGGGAAAGAGAGUUCUUGAUAUUGACUAUCCAGUCGGUCCUUUCGGCACUAAGGAAGAACCUGCAAUUAUUAAGUCCUACUAUGACAAGAGAAUAGUUGGAUGCCCUGGUGGUGAAGGCGAGGAUGAACAUGAUGUUGUCUGGUUUUGGCUGGAGAAAGGCAAGCCACAUGAAUGUCCAGUGUGUACACAGUACUUUGAGCUGGAAGUGGUGGGACCUGGAGGACCUCCAGAUGGACACGGCGAUGAUGAUCAUCAUCAUCACUAAAUGCAGCCUUCAAUUUUUCAUGCUGGAAUAAAAUUCAGGGAGAUGAUAAGACAAUUUCCAGUAUACACCACAGCUUUCAGAAUUCAAAAGCUUUGUGUUCUGUUUGUUUUUGAUUGGUCCUUAGUUUUUGUGGAUGUUGCUUUCGCAACGUUUGAGAUAGAAUCCUUAACUGUGAUUAUAUAGACACAGGCUGGGUCAUCUGUUGGAACUAUGGAUGUUGUUAGGAUUUCUUAUAUGCAUUGCCAAAUAAUUGAUGCUACCACAUUCUUUUCCU